CUCAAAUGGGGGGAAAACGAUCCGAGACGUUUUGUCCGAUUUACGGGACCCAUGUCCAGCGUCCCUCGUUAGCUCCUGCUCGCUAGCACACAAGCUGUUGAUUAUUGUUUGUUGUUUUACUCAAAUAGAUAUAUUGGUUUUGGUUGCUUGUCAACUUGGCGAGAACAGUUGUCCAAAACACUUGGUCUGUGUCUGUCAAUGCUCGUGUUCCCUUGAGCCUGGCACUAAUAAGGAAGAGGCAUUUGAACACUUGUUGCGAUCUACCGUCAGUGGUUUAGCGAUCAGAAUGAGUAGAUCAUAUUUUGUUUUUUGCUCAAAGAGGUACAAACAAGGUUAGUAAAAAACCUUAUCGAUUACACUUCAGUUUCUGUAAUUCCAACAGUUUUGGCACUAAUCCGUGAUCAUAACUUGAGACUCGGAUUGACUGUGAUCGUUUCUGCUGAAGUCCAACCUGACAAACUAUAAGCACCUGUAGAACCUGUUCUGCGUUUAAUCUGGUUUAAGAUUGACAACGUUUUCGGAUGAAUACAUUUUAAUGUAUAUCUCUAUGGACUUCAUCUGCUGAACUGGUUCAACCAGUUAUCGACCACUUCCCUCUGAUGUAAACAAUCUAAAUCCAGAACGCAACACACCGGAUAUACGCUGGCUGUUUGUUGUCCUAAAGGUAAACCAAGAGUGAUGCUGGAAAAGUUCCUUCUGGAACUGCGAUGGUCAACUCUAGCUAGGCACCGAUAUCAAAGUCGCUCAUCGUCACGAUUAACGUGUGAACUACAUGUUAUGAACGCAUAGAUCAUAACCUACCCUCUUAUAUGAAGUUAUACCCUCAUCAGGAAAGUCUCUUCCGUACCUAACAUGCUGGUGAGUACGGAUGGCUGAACGGUGGCAUGGCUUCAGCAAGAAGGAAGAGGAAAUUGGGUCAAAUAGAUGUGUACAAGUCAGAGUUUUGACAUUUGUACCAGCCCAGUCAUAACACCUGUUAUUUGAGAGCGAUGAAAGGUUACUGUUCAGUAAGUAUUUUGCUAUGCUUGAGUGUUUAAUCCACAGAGAGAUAUCAAUAUUUGUGAACAUCUGUAUUAAGGUAAACGUUAUUGUGUUUUGGCUGAAUCAUGAGAUCAUAGAUCAUUCCAACAGGGUGGUGAAGAAGGGUCUGACAUUGGCACAGGUUUUGCCUCAGCCAUGACGGGUGUAAAGCUGUAUGUGAUGGUGGUUCUGGAAGAAUGGCUGCUUGGGUAGAGCUCCAGCCCGGGGAGGUUGGAAGGACGGGUCUGAGGGGUCGCAUGCACCUCAGUCCUCUGAUUGACUCCAGCAACAAGGGCCUCAGUGAGAGCAUUAUCAUGGACCCUACCAAACCUGCGCCUGGCCCAAAGCCCCGACUAACCCCAAAGCCCUUCGUCCUGGAGAGGAACACUACAAUCAAACCGAUACUAGCCCCUAAGCCCCACAACAAGGUCCACCGCGAGCCCACCCAGACUGUUAGCUACAAACCCGACCCUCCCAUCCCCCCUAAGCCCCAGCAGUCCGCUGUGGGGUCCAAACCAAGGCCGGUGUCAACCAACCCUGGCCGCCCUUCCUCUACCGCAAAAAACUCUGCUAUGCCGAGCGCUGGGCAAACUACCAAGCCAGUGGUCCCUCCUUUCAAACCAGCACCUCCUCUCACUCAAGGGGACUUCCGCAAACCCACACCUCCUAAACCAGCACAACGUCAGAAAAGUGACGCAUCUGGAUUGUCCUUUUCAAGGAGCCCUAAAAAGUCCCCCGCAGCGGAGUGGUCCGGAACAACCAAGAAGGAGGAAGACAAAGACAGGAUAUACUCCCAAAGCCCAGCGGGGACAUCCAUGACCAGGGCUAAGUCUAUGGGAUUCCUCAAUCAGCUCAGCCAGGAAGAGCAGCCGGAGGAAACCAAACCACAGUCGGUGGCCCUCCGACCUCAGCCCAGGGGCUCGCGGUCGAGGCCUGUGUCGGCCAUCUUCCUUCCCUCCUCUUCUCCGAACCCUGAGGCCCCAGUCCUUUCUCCCCGCUGGGAGGGGCGACGUCCCCUCUCGACCGAUCUCACAGCGAGGUUCGAGUCUGUCAACCUUUCACUGCAUCGCAAGAACCCACCGGCGGACAGCAAGGAGAACACUCCAGAGCUGAGGAUGCCAACGAGCCUGGACAGAGCCUCCAGACCGGAGGGGGCCACACCGGCCUCUCAGGCUGCUGCCAAGCCCCUCCCCGCACAGACGGAGGGCAUUGAGAAGAAGAAGGUUGUGGAGGUCAAGAAUGAGGAGGAUGUGGCUGGGGCGUCCAGCAUCAAGAGACGUAUCAGUCUUCUCCUGGAUUCCUCCUCCUCUUCUUCUCCUUCAACGGGGGCCAUUGACCAGGGUUCCACUCCUCAGCCAAUCGCAGAGCCAGAAGCAGCACCACCGGGUAUCAAGCAGCGAAUCAAAAAGCUGACUGAGGACGUCCCCUCCGCCCCCAGUCCUCCGACUAAGCCAACGGUCAAGCCUCUACCUCUGGACCUGACGACAAGGUUUAUAUCUGAAAGGUCGACCGACCUUUGCAGCCCCUCCCUCAGUGAACCAGAACAUUCUUUCAGGGCUGACCGAGAUCCUCAGCAGAGGGUCAAAGAGCCGGCUGUCCACCCUGGUGACCAGAAGAGAAAGACGGAGCCCGCUUCUCCCUCCAUCCCCGCCGGGUCGGACACGGGAACGUCCUCUAAAGACGGCCGACUCGGCGGCGAGACGCAGACGGUCCGGGCGUCGCUGUUCGAGUACACGAUCGAACGGCGCAGCGUGCUGGUGGUGGAAGGCGACGACCACAAAGAGCCGUUCGCGGUUGCGCUCGGGUCCUCCGCCCCUCGAGUGCCCGCGGAGGACGACGGGACGCUGGUCACCGCCACGUACCGGGAGCCGGAGUCCCCCACCGGCCUGCUGCGCGUGUCGCACUCCUUCGACACGGUGCCGGCGGUGGAGGGCAGCAGGGCAGUGAGCGAGAGCCUCCCGCUGGCGUGCCUGGAGGACAAGGCCAUGACCCUGCGCUCCCGCCGCUCAGAUGUUGGCCGGGGGUCCGCAACGACCAGGGCGGCGAUGGAGCACCAGCCGGCCGCUGUUCAGGGAGGGCCCGCCGUUGGCCUGGAGGUGCAGCCGCGUUACCUGAGAGUCGGAGCGCUGCCCAAGUGGAACGCCGCAGACACAGAGCAGGAGGACGGGGCCGGGGGUAGGCCAACGGCUCUGGAGGCGGAGGCGGAGGAAGCGGCCCCCAAGCGUCUUAAAAUGCUUGGGACGGACGACCAACCCAAACCCAAGGCGACGUACUUUGCACUGACGGGACAAAUACAGGAGGCUGUAAGUCCUGGGGACAGUGGGCCGGACAGAUGGUUCGCCAAGGCCGAAACCCUGCAGGACCCUCCACUGCGGUCUGGGCCUUCGGCCGCCCAAGGGAGGAGCGUCCCGAUGAGGAACCCUUCGUUUGAGGAGGUGCUCAGGAAGAACCAAAGUCCAGCCGAGGAGCCGGUUCGGGAGCCGCCGUGGCCCAUGCAGGUGACUGAAGGACGGAUGGUGGAGACGGAAAGACAAAGGGAUCAGAGUUGGAAGGCUGAGAGGAGGAAUACCAGGACAGGCGAGCUGGAGAUGCUGAGACAGGUGGAAAUAGAACGGCAUCAGCAUUUAGAAUUUGCCCGCAUGAAGGAGAGGCAGCGAGAGCUUGACCGGCAGGGACAGUUGGCGUUUGAGAAGGAGAGCCUGCGGGAGUUUGAGCAGCAGAAGCAGGCGUCGCUGGACAAAGAGCAACAGAGACUACGGGCUCUGGAAAGGGAGAAGCAACAACUCAUCGAGAGAGAGAAGCAGCAGGAUUUGGAAAAACAGAGAGAGGUGGAGAGAGAGAGACAGCGCAACCAGGAUAGACAAAGGGAGCUUGACAAGGAGAAGAAGCAGCUGGAGAUUCAGUGGGAGCGUCAGCAGCAUGACAAAGAUUUGGAGAGGAUCAAGGAGAUGGAGAGGAGAGAGUUAAUGGAGUUUGAGCGACAGCAGCAGGCGGAAAGGAGACAGAAAGAGAAGGAAAAGAGGAAGCAAGAAGAAGUGAACAAAAUCCGACAUGCUGCCAUACAACAACAAGAAGAGAGACGGAGAGAACUAGAGAGACGGAGGGAGACGGAGAGACAGAGAGACCUCGAGAAGGAGGUAGAGAGACAGGGGGAGAUAGAGAAAGAGAGACACAGGGAGAUUGAGCGAGAGCUCCAGAGGGAGGCACAGAGACUGGGGGAGCUAGAGAGACUGAGAGAUCUAGAGAAAGAGAGACAGAGGGAGACAGAGAGACAGAGGGAGCUGGAGAGACAGAGGGAGACAGAGAGACAGAGGGAGGUGGAGAGACAGGGAGAGAAACUACGGCAGGCUGCCAUACAGCAAGAAGUAGAGAGAAUGAGAGAUCUAGAGAGACAGAGGGAGACAGAGAGACAGAGGGAGCUAGAGAGACACAGGGAGCUAGAGAAAGAGAGACAGAGGGAGCUAGAGAAAGAGAGACAGAGGGAGCUAGAGAGACAGAGGGAGCUAGAGAGACAGAGGGAGCUAGAGAAAGAGAGACAGAGGGAGCUAGAGAAAGAGAGACAGAGGGAGCUAGAGAAAGAGAGACAGAGGGAGCUAGAGAAAGAGAGACAGAGGGAGCUAGAGAGACAGAGGGAGCUAGAGAGACAGAGGGAGCUAGAGAAAGAGAGACAGAGGGAGCUCGAGAGACAAAGAGAGGUGGAGAGACAGAGGAAAUAUGAUUUUGAGAAAGAGCAUCAGAAGCAGCUGGACUAUGAGAGACGGGAGCUGGAGAAACAGAGUUUAAAGCAGGAGAAGGAGAGGCGGCAGAAGAUUGAGUUGGAGGCGGCGAUGGAGAUGGAGAGGCUUCAGCUCCUGGAGCUGGAGGAGAGGAAGAGGCUGAGGGAGAAGAGGGGGAGAGAGGAGGCCGAAAAACUACGGCAGGUCGCCAAGCGGCAGGAGUCGGAGAGGCAGAGGUUGACGGAGAAGAAGCGGAGGGAGUCUCAGGAGCAGCUAGCGCUGGACCCAUCGCCUCUCAGGCCCAGGGUCCUGGAUCUGGACUCUGUGUUACGAGACGACCCGUUUUCCAAAGCCCCUUCCCCCCAGCUCGACGCUGCGGCCCGCUGGAAACGCCCUUCCCCUAGAGCGGAGGAACCGUAUAAACCGACCAUUCUGGACAUAGACUCCUUCACGUCACAGACCCAGCCCUCGCCCAGUAGAGAGGCCCCCCUCCAGUUCCCGGACCACUCACAGCCCCUCACCCCCGAGAGGGACGGUAUCCACGACGUGCCACUGGACACCUUGAAGGGGCGGCUGAGCCCGGAAUGGGUGCCCUCCCCCCAGGACCCGUGGGAGCUGAUGCCCGCCAUGGAGAUGUCUGUAGACGUCCCCGCCGGACCAGACACCCCCAGGAGGGCGGCGGGCGGAACCAUCCUGGAGCAGCUGCUGUACCGGCAGGGGGAGCGCCGGCCGGCGGCGGAGAGGCGCUGGUCGGCUCUGGUGGACGAGCGCCCGCCCUCGGGCCACACACUGCAGAGGGACGCCUCGGACUCCGCGGGGCCCGCCCCGGAGCAGGUCUGGUUCCCCAGGGUGGAGGAGCCCCCCGCCCCCCGGGCAGAGCCCCGCAGCCAGAGGAGAUCACACGGGUCCAAGGAGCUGAACCGGCUGCGGUCCCGCAGCGUGUGCCGCCGCUCCGCCCCGCCGGAGGGCCCGGUGGAGGUCAGCCUGUCCAGGAUGAGGAGCCGCAGUGCCCACAGGGAGGGGGACCGUCCAGGCUGGGUGAAGCUGCAGCACCAGGGGUCUGGGGAGGAGGAGCUGAAGGACCCCGACACGCUGGUGCAGGAGUCGGACAGCCAGUACGGCACCUGGGAGACAGGCCUGCACACGGACGACAGCCUGACCCCGGCCACGCCCACUUCAGACGGCGCCCUCUCCCCUUCGCCAGGGAAGCCCUCUCCCUCCCACACGCCGGCCCACCAUGGCCUGCCCUCCGAGCUGGACGGCUCUGCUGGUCUGUCCCCGACAACCCCGGCCGAGAGCCAGCAGCUCUCCUUACCAGAGGUGUCCACGGUGCUGCUUGACACCAGCGUGCUGCGCUCCAGGGCCCAGCUGGGGAAGAGACGGGCCCCGCGGUCCCGCCCCACCAGGACCGCCCCGCCCCAGGGAGAGGGCGGAGCCACCGACGACUGGCGCUUCAGAGACUCCACAGAAUGUGACGCCUCCAUUUUGAUGACAGAUGAGAAGCCGGAGUUCAAGGAGGACCCUGAGGAGCAGACAAGAGAAGUGGAGCCCCGCUCCACAACCAAUGCAGUCUCCCAGCCCCAGAGGAUCCCCCUGUUCCCUGGGAUGGACCCUUCCGCUCUCAAGUCGCAGCUGAAGAAGAGGGCCGACUCUGACAACCUGGUCGAUGUGGGGACUCCCUCUCCCUCCCAGUUGUCUCGAUCGCCCAAGUCCCCCUUCCUCCCACGGGCCACGCGUGUGCUGCCCCCUUCUGGUGGUAGAGAGAACGGUUUGGAGGACUCUCCUCAGUGGCUCAAAGAGCUGAAAUCCAAGAAAAGACUGAGUCAGUAUGACUACGACGAUUCUAAAUAGAUAAGAAGGUGGCCUUAAAACCCAAGAAUCUCUGAACGAAACGGAGGCCUUAACCUUUGACCCUGGACCCCGGGCCAGAGAGAUGUUUGGAGUAGAUUCUACUACUGCUGAUGCUGCUAACGCAUUUCUACUCCUUUUUUAUUAUUUCCGAAAAACAGGAUCAGAUAUUUUUGCACGGUGCCUUUGCUUUCCUUCUCCCCUGAGAGUGUCAAACGGAUGGCACGACGUAAACAUUGAAUAUCUUAUUGCUUCAUCACGAUUAAUCAUCAUCUUUUACACUUUAUCACCGACCACGACCACAAAAGACGAGCAAAAAAAGAAUGUCCUGUCUGGCUGCACUCCAGAGAACGGUCGUCUGAGAAUAGCGUGAGCAGCGCCACCCGACAACGCCACCCGACAACGCCAUCGACCACCCGGUAGUGCUUCAGUAUUCACGGUUUGGAGGGCUCUCCAGUCCUCUGCCGGCGUUCCGUCUUCCUUGUAUUCAGUGAGCGUACCGACGGUUGUGGACGUGUUCGUACCUGCUCACUGCACAGAAGCAUAUCCAUAAGCUUAACAUUCCACAUGAUCGGACCCCAGCGCCGCGGCAGAUGUCCUUGCCAGCUGGGGGGCGUUGUGCGUUACCCUACUGCUAAAUGCUGUAUUUGUAUAAACACUAUUUUUUUGUCAACACUAUAGCUGGGUCUUCAAUCAUGUAACACUCCUCUACAUUCUAACAAGGCGUCUCGGCGCCACUGUUUAUUUUUGUAUUCUACGGGUUAAUCAUUUUUAUUUUCUCUAUCCUAAGUAAGUUGCGGAAAGAAGUGGCCCAUAUGUGUGUAUGCAUUUACUUUAAGUAACACUGUUAAAUGCUGAUUUUCUUGAGCAAUGAGUGAACAAAGGGAAUCCUCUCUGAGAGUCAAUCAUCUUCCAGGGCGGGGAAACUUGAUCCAUUCACUACAUGACGUUCAUUAGCUCCUGCUGCCUUGUUGUAUUCCCUUGGACCCCCCCCCCCCCUGUAUCUUUGCUCAAGAGCUAAUCACUACAUCACAUGAGAUGAACCACAUGAGUGAGGGAUGAGACUUAAAGGCCUCUUACGAGACAAAAACAUUCACUCUUUUGAAAAUAUUCAAAACGCGAGAUGAACAUAGUUAGCCCUCCUCCUCUUCCUCCUCCUCUUCUUUAGUCGGUCUCCAACAUCCACCCAGCACUACGUCACUUAAUGUGCUGCAGCACCACCUCUGCUCCACCCGUGUGCAGUCGGCCACCCUUGGGCAGUCAACCAUCAUCUGGGGGGUUCUGCGGUAUAGAAAUGCUUACUGCAAUGCAACUGGAUGUUGACUCCGUCAAGCCUCUAUCAGUUUUUUUUCAAUCUCCCCCCCUCCUUGAUACGUCUGUAAAUUACUUUUUAUUUCUCUCGUACGCGGAAAAAAAUUUGAUUCGUUUUUUAUGUUUUUAUUCAUGUUCAUGUUCAUUAUUUUUCUUUUUAUUUGAAAGUAACAGAUUUAUAUUUGCACUGUGUUGUACUGGCCAGUGUCCUAAAGUUUAAAUUCUUAAUAAAGAUAUAUAUGCAGUGAGCUACAGACUG